UUUCGCAACCAAAUGGUAUGGCAUCAGUACAUCAUAGGUUAGCCUGUCGCAAGUAUAGCGAUGUGUUCCAUUUCUCCCCGCCACACUUAACUGAGGCAGGCACGAUUAGCACAAUCUCAAUUGCCACUACUACGUGCUCCAACAGUGGAGGCUGGUGCUCCGGGAUUGCGCACCCUGCUCACUGCCUAAGGUCCAGCCUGAGGUACCUUCGUUGGCUCAUUACCUUACUACCUUACCUAGUCGUCUGGCAUGCAACAUUGCCGCUCGGCCUCACCCUGCCCACACCACGGCAAUCCAACCGUCAAUUUCAUCGCUGCCUUCGUCAUCGCAACUGUUGAAUUCCUUAACCCACACGGAGGCUUUUUCUCUCCUCCGCAGCACUCUUUGAGCAACGCGCAGCUGCUCCCUUGCUCAUCCCCAUCCCGACCUUAGAAGCUUGUGGGCGAGUCCGACUCUGCUGGCACCAUGUCGACACUCGAGGAGCUUGACGAUCUCGACCGCCGGGACAAAGACGAUCGCAAGCGAGACGGCGGCCGGGAAGACGACCAGAACAAUGGCAAAGAUGGCGAUGAGGUCAUGAAGGACAAGGACGAGGAUGAUAUCCUCGAUGACGAGAUUCGAGGCCUCAGCACCCAAGACAUCCAAACGCGGAAGCGACUACUCGAAAAUGAUUCACGGAUCAUGAAGAGCGAGCUAUCUCGGCUAUCACACGAGAAGGCAGCCAUGGGUGAAAAGAUCAAGGACAACGUGGACAAGAUUGCCAACAACAGGCAACUGCCCUACCUCGUCGGAAACGUCGUCGAGCUGCUUGACCUAGACCCUACUGCUGAAUCAUCCGAGGAGGGUGCCAACAUCGACUUGGAUGCUACGAGGGUGGGCAAGUCGGCCGUCAUCAAGACCUCGACCCGGCAAACCAUCUUCCUCCCGCUCAUCGGCCUUGUGGAUUCGGAUAAAUUGAAACCCGGCGAUCUUAUCGGCGUCAACAAGGAUUCGUACCUCAUUCUCGACACGCUUCCUGCCGAGUACGAUAGUAGGGUCAAGGCUAUGGAGGUGGACGAAAAGCCGACGGAGCAGUACACUGAUGUGGGAGGAUUGGAUAAGCAGAUUGAAGAAUUAGUUGAGGCUAUCGUGUGGCCCAUGAAAGAAGCUGACCGGUUUAAGAAGAUUGGCAUCAAGGCACCCAAGGGCGCGUUGAUGUACGGACCUCCUGGUACAGGCAAGACGCUGUUGGCUAGAGCUUGUGCGGCCCAGACGGAUGCGACGUUCCUAAAGCUGGCCGGACCUCAGCUUGUUCAAAUGUUCAUCGGUGACGGCGCGAAACUGGUCCGCGACUGUUUUGCACUUGCAAAGGAGAAGGCGCCAGCCAUCAUCUUCAUCGACGAGCUGGACGCGGUAGGCACCAAGCGAUUUGAUAGCGAAAAGAGCGGCGAUCGAGAAGUGCAGCGCACCAUGUUGGAGCUUCUUAACCAGCUAGAUGGCUUCGCGUCGGACGACCGGAUCAAGGUGUUGGCAGCGACGAACAGGGUUGACGUGCUGGACCCGGCCCUUCUGCGUUCUGGGCGAUUGGAUCGUAAGAUCGAGUUCCCGCUGCCAAAUGAGGAGGCGCGCGCACAGAUUCUCAAGAUUCACUCGCGCAAGAUGAAGGUCGACCCGGGGGUCAACUGGGGAGAACUGGCGCGCAGCACAGACGAAUUCGGCGGAGCCAUGCUCAAGGCGGUAUGCGUCGAGGCGGGCAUGAUUGCGCUGCGGUCUGGCAAGAACAAGAUUGGACACGAGCACUACGUGGACGCAAUUGCCGAAGUACAGGCCAAGAAGAAGGACACUGUCAACUUUUACGCAUGAUGCACCGUCAUGUUCAGGCGGGCUCCCAGGAGCAAAGGCGUGGGCGGUUGUUGCGCGUGGCGGCAACGGCAAGACGUGGGCAGACAUGUGGAGUUUGGGCGGAUGCCGCGCCCGCAGACGAGCCUGGCUGCUACGUAGCAGUUGGUCCAUAGACGCACGAAGAGUAGACUUUGUAACAAUAAUAGGCGACCGGGUUCCUGGCGCGGACUGCCCACUUGGUUGCUUCCGAGGCGUUGCUCGGGGCCAUAUGCAUGUUCGUGUUGCGCGCCGUGCCGCCACGCCGCGGCCGACUACCUAUCUAACAGCUUCGACGUCACACGUGUUGCGUUGGCGGGACGCUGGCUACCUACCUUACCUAUGCAACCAAGUUAGAGACCAUGGGAAUGGGGUACCCCGAACGCGGCUGUCGUGUGUUGCCUGUUCAUGGCUUUCGAUCCGGGGGGCUAGAUUAGUUGGAAGGUACUAGCCGCCGGAGGUUUUGCUCCCGAACUCGCGUCCUGGCAGGGGGUACCUGGUAGUUACCCCCUACCUUACCUACCUAGGUACUGGCCCGCCCCGUGGAAGCGAAGCCCGAGGCGUCGGGUGCCGUGCGCCGUGCGAGUCAGUGUUCGUGGCAGUUCCCACCUAAGG